CACGGAAGUACUUUGUUAUGAUUUAGCAGACAGCUGGCUGAAUAACGCUUAAGCUGCCCAAGUACGGAAAUUUAUUAAUAUAUACAUCUUCCGAGGAACCCCCGAAGCUUUAAGGUUUUGUGCUCACAUUUGACUGCUAUUUUGAACUGCUCAGUCUCUGGAGCUUCAUCAUGGUGGAGCCCACUGCCUCUGGCGUGUUCUGCAGCAGGAUGCUGAGCAUGGUCAACGCUGAGGACGUCAACGCCAUCAUCCAGGCUCAGAGACACAUGCUGGACCGCUUUGAGAAGACCAACGAGAUGCUGAUCAACUUCAACGGACUCUCCAACGUGCGAUUGCAGCAGAUGAACGAGCGUUUCUUGCUCCACACUCGCACUCUCAUCGAGAUGAAGAAAGAUUUGGACAGCGUCUUCCGACGGAUCAGGACACUAAAAGGGAAGAUUGGCAAGCAGUACCCAGAGGCUUUCAGUAACAUCCACGAGUCACCCAUCCCGGAGGACGACGACUUGGACCCGGCGCCGCUCGGCGGCGCCACCACCAUCACCACGGUCACCUCGGGGCAGAGCUCGGAUUGCUGCGACUCCAGUCCCGACGUGGUCUCCCCCGCCGCCAGCAGAUCCUCCGAGGAGCUCUCGCAAGAACUGCCCGACACGCCCGCCUCGGACGCCCAUCGCACGGCCGGCCUGCAGGAUGAGGGCCCGGACUCGGUGCUUGCUGAGUAGCUUCACAUUGUGUGUGGAUGGACUUGAUCACUUGAACUUAACUUCUAUGUUGUCUUUCUUUAUUUCUAAUCCUGUGGUACCUUGAUUUACGAGUGUACCAGGUUUUUUUUUUUUUAGGUAAGAACUGUCGCUGGUUGACUUAUUUUAUUUUUGCCGCUUGAGUGAAGUGGAAACAAAAAAUGGAGCGAUUAAGGUACCGCAAUGCCCUCACACGUGGGCAAGGCGAGCCACACUCACCGAUGCACUUUUAGACAUUUACUGAACGGGGCAAAGGGUCACACACACGAACAAAAUGGGCACACUCGCAAGGACCUGCUGCGGGCCACAAUUUACACCCAGAUGCUGACACACAGACUAACCUGACUCCAGCUCCUGAUGUCACUCAAUAGGCCGCGCCCCUUAAAGGCACACACCCGACACACGAAUACUACAGUACAGUGAACCCUUACAUUAAAAAAAAAAAAAAAAGCAACAUUUUUUUGGGGUGGCAUCUUGGUGCCAAGCUUCUGCGUUGAACUAAGCCUCAGUGCUUCUCAAUUGUUUUGUGUUACGACCCCCCCAGGAAGAUGAAAAAAAAUUUGCGACGCCCCCCCCCACCCUCGUGAGUACACCUCUAUAUAACAUUGUAUAUAAAGGAUAAUAAAAUAUAAUCCUUAUAAACAUUGAAGAAAGUACAAAAAAGAUAUAGAUCAACUUACAAUAAAUAAUUUAUUAGUUGUUUUCAGUCUGUAACAGAAAAUAAAAGUGCAUCAUUUCCUUGAAAUAGAAGAGAGCGAGAGCAACGGGAGCACCACUGCCAUCUACUGCAGUGGAUGUGCAAUUACACUUUAUUCUCAUACGGCAAAUCAUGUUCUUCAGGGUCUCACAUGCACCCAAUUGCAUCGCAACGUGACCUCCCCCCCCCCCAGGGGGCCCCGCCCCACUAUUUGAGAAGCAUUGAACUAAGGGAAGAUGUGUCAGUUAUCAGGCCUUAGCGUUGUCUAAUAGAAGUGUUUUUGCUGCCAUCUCGUGGCAUGUAUAGGCAAUUACAAAACUUUUCAUGUAGGCGUCAAUUGCAGAUUUCCGCUAUUUGCGACAUCCCCCGCAAAUAGACUUGCAUAAAUUUACACUUUAUUGAAGAAGUUUAUAUACAAUAAAGUGCUAGUUUUUAUGAAAUACUUUUUUGGGUUAUGAGCUUUCUGACAAUGAAGUCAAGUUACCACUACUGCAUUUGUACUUAGUUCUGCUUAGCACCCAAAACUGAUGUAUAUGAGCUGCAGCCUUUCCCGGCUAACUUUAAUCUAGAGGUGGGACACACCCUGGACUGGUCACGAGCCAUUUGCAAGGCAUGUACAUGUAGACAAACAAGUAUUUACACUUACAUUCACACCUAGCGACAAUUUAAGAGUCUUCAAUGUAAAAUGAGAACAUUCAAACACCACACAGGAAGGCCGUAGGUGAGCUUCAAACCCAGAACCCCAGAACUGCGGUGCAGACAUGCAAAGCAAGUAUCCAAUCGUGCUUUCCUCCUUAUUUCUUUUUACUUGAACUUAAGAAGGGACUGUUCACACAAGUCAAGCUUGAAGUGCCAAAAUCAUGGAGUAUUGUUAUGAAUCGUCGUUUGUGAUGAGAAGUAAGCCAACCAGGCUGUGAAAGUGUGUGCAAUUGUGUCAUCAUUAAACAACGU